AUGGUGGGAGUUAAAGGGAUUGCACCCCUUACAGUGUAUGCACUAAAUGUUACUCAUGAAAAAAAGUUCAAUUCUGAUCACUUUUCUAACCUUUUAAAAAAAAUCUUAUUGAUACAGAAUAUGUUUACGGGAGGCACUGAUACAAGUGCAAUGACAAUAGAAUGGGCAAUGUCCGAAAUGAUGAAAAACCCGAAUGUGAUGGAGAAGGCACAAAAAGAAGUGAGAGAAACAUUCAAGGGAAAAAAAACAAUCGUCGAGGCCGACUUAGAAGAUUUGGUUUACCUUAAACUCAUAAUCAAAGAAACUCUGAGGCUUCAUCCUCCUCUCCCUUUGUUACUUCCAAGGGAAUGUAUAGAGCAGUGUCAGAUUGAUGGUUACGAUAUACCAUUAAAAACAAAAGUGAUUGUCAAUGCUUUUGCAUGUGCAGUCGAUCCUGAAUACUGGGAUGAUGCAGAAAGCUUCAAGCCAGAGAGAUUUGACAAGUCUUCAGUUGACUUCAUGGGCACAAACUUUGAGUUUGUUCCUUUUGGAGCAGGGAGGCGGAUGUGUCCUGGGAUUACUUUUGGUUUGAUUUCUAUUGAGUUUGCUCUUGCUCAAAUGCUAUAUUACUUCAAUUGGCAACUUCCUUCUGGAUUAAGUCCUAAAGAUGUAGACAUGACAGAGAAUGACGAGCUACUGCAACAAAAAAAGUUCCUCUGUCGGUAA